GCCAGUUUGCGGCCGAAAUUUUAUAAAACCCGACAAAUUCCGACGUCUUACGAAGGAAUAUUGUACCUUUUGUGUCGCAGUGGACAAAAUAAGCUUUUUUAACGGCAAAAUGUUGCGUUACUCGCGAUUUUCUGAAGAUUCAAUUUGGCCGUGCUGUAAAAGUCAUAUUUCAGCAAAAAUGAACAAUAUACAUGGAUGGAGAAGACGGGUUCCCUAGCCAGUGCCUCAGGAAGCACCAGGUGACAGAUUUGAAUUUGGACAACUGUCGGGGCAUGCAAAUUGAAGGUCUAACAAAAGAAUUCACAAAUUUGGAAUCCCUCAGUCUGAUAAAUGUUGGCUUGACGUCACUGAAAAAUUUGCCAGAGUUACCAAAGUUAAAGAAGCUUGAAUUAAGCGAUAACAGAAUUUCCUCCGGAUUGGAUCUCCUGACUAACUGUCCCAACCUCACACAUCUCAGUCUUAGUGGAAACAAAAUUAAAGACCUAGAAACAUUACGACCACUGGGCAAAUUAACCUCACUGAAGAGUCUUGACCUUUUCAACUGUGAAGUCACAUACUUAGAGGAUUACAGGGAAAAAGUAUUUGAGAUGGUGACGUCACUUCAGUACUUAGAUGGUUACGAUCAAGACGACAAAGAGGCUGAUGAUGAGGACGAAGAAGAUGGUGAGAAUGAUGAUGAAGAUGGUGAGGGAGACGAUGAUGAAGUGGAGGAUGGCGGUGUCAAUAGUGAUGAUGAUGAAGAAGACGAGGAUGAAGACGAUGAUGAUGAAGACAAUGACAAUGAUGACGAUGAUGAUGAGAUUAUAGCAGAGGAAGGAGAGGUUGGUCUUGACCAUUUGCUGAAGGAGAAUUUGGAUGACGAGGAAGACGAGGAGGAUUUCAACCCUGGUGAUGAUGAUGACGAUGACCUUGAGGGUGAGGAGGAUGGUGAAGGCCAAGAGGAGGAAGAUGAGGAAGAGGAAGAUGAAGAAGAGGAAUCACCCCGAGGAAAAAAGCGCAAGUUAGAAGACGGGGAAGGCGGUGACGUGGAGUAACCAUAGCGACCACAUUCGCACACAAACUGUUGAAUCAUUCUGAACUCCUAUUUGUACAAAGCAUUGUGCCCAUGUGUAUCAUAACUAAAUAGAGGGAUUUGAUUGGCUGGUUGCCGGCACCAAGACACGGCAGUCGCUCGAGAAAGAUGCGUUUUGGAGUUUCACGGAACUGUCUCGAAUUGUUGGACUCCGUCUCUUGUGUGACUUUCAGCCAGCCCCCUGUUCUCUUGACGACAAAACCAUCAGAUGUAGGAGGAGAGUGUGAGGAAGUGCCAGGAGAAAGCGCGAGGUCAUGGGUGAAGGUCUUAGUUCAAGGCCGUUUCCCUGGUAACAGGGAUUCUGGAUAAUCCCCCAUUUCUUGUAUUAUAUAGGUCCGUCAUUCACACAUGAGUCAUCCACAUCGUCUGUUUCCACAGAAAAGCUUGACGUGAUCCACUCUCGGACACGGGAAGCCUACUGUAAACUGACUGCAAGCUAAAUUUCAUCAAGUGCAGAAGUGACUUUUAAACCAUGGAGACCAACUUUUGCAUUGGAUUAUUUUUCUUGAAUUGUUUUAUGGCUGUUGUUGUUGUUU